GUAAUCGAUAGGUUUGGUCGUAACAGCUGUUUGCCGGUUUUAAAAUUUAAAAAAUAAACAUUUGGUAAAAAAAUGUUGUUAAUAAAACGAUUUCACAGCAGCUUUCAACGCAUUGCUCACGUGGGAAAAGCUCAGACAGGAGAUUCUUUUAGCGUAAAGGGCUGGAUUAAGAAUAUACGCCGGCUAAAAAAUAACAUAUUCCUGGAUAUCAACGAUGGAUCCACAAGUGGUAGAUUCCAAAUAGUGCUUCCACGUGAUUCCCACACCCAGAAACUUACCUCAGGCACCGUUGUAAGUGCCCAGGGUAAGAUUCAAGUGGCUCCCAAUGGCCACUACGAGCUGCAUGCUGAUGCAGUGGAGUCUUUGGCCGAUGGACAGCUGCAAGAUGGCUUUCCCUUUUCACCCAAACAGAAACAUCCUCCAGAAUAUGUGCGAGAGCAUUUGCAUCUACGAUCGCGCAUUGAUUACUUUGCUGCCCAGAUGCGUUUACGUCACAAAGCCCAGAAAAUCAUACAUGAUUACAUGGAUGAACUGGAGUUCGUGCAGAUCAAUACACCUCUCUUGACCACCAACGAUUGUGAAGGAGCAGGCGAGGUUUUUCGGGUUCAGCCAGAUUCUGAAGAUUUACUAAAGCAGAUGUCGCGUCCCAAUGUUCCUCUGGAUCAGAGUUACUUCGAUCACAAAGUAUUCCUCACAGUUUCUGGACAACUUCACUUAGAGGCCAUGUCCUACGGUCUGGGCAACACAUAUACCAUGGCUCCUGCCUUUCGUGCUGAGAAUUCCAAGAGUCCUUUGCAUUUAGCCGAAUUCUACAUGUUUGAAGCCGAGCUAGUACAUCUUAAACAUCUGGAGGAACUCUCCGGAUUCAUAGAAAAGAUGUUAAAGACCACUACCAACCGCCUGAUUGAAACUAGUGGGCAGGACUUGCAAUUCUGUCAAGCUAGUGCAGAUGCCAAGCAGGAUUUACCAUGGCUAAGUGUCCCAUGGCCUGUUCUCACCUAUGACGAAGCAUUGGACACUUUGAUCAAGCACAAAGAAUCCUUUACGACUCCAAUUAGCCAAAACGAAGGUUUCACCAAAGAGCAAGAACUGUUUCUAGUUGCUCACUGCAAGGCACCAAUAUUUGUGAUAGAUUGGCCUGUCCAACAAAAACCCUUCUAUAUGAAAGUCUCUGAGUCAAAUCCUCAGCGUGUUCACGCUCUGGAUCUCUUGAUGCCUACGGUGGGUGAACUGUGUGGCGGGAGUUUGCGUGAGGACGAUGUCAGCAGAUUGAGUAGUCAUCCGCAAUUGCCCAAAGAUUUGGCUUGGUAUGUGGAACUGAGAAAGUUUGGCGGUGUUCCCACCGGUGGAUUUGGCAUGGGAUUCGAACGUUAUCUGCAACUACUUACGGGCGUAAAGAAUAUACGAGAUGUUAUACCCUUUCCCCGAUAUCCACACAGUUGCAGAAUGUGAAUCAAUUAUCUAUUUGUACAUAAAUAUAAAACACAAAAAAACGCUUUAAA